AUGUAUAUGUAUACACAUGCCUUUUCGGCCGUCUUGCGCUCUCGGGCGGCGGCUGCUCUGGUGGGCGGCUGCCCAGGGGGAGCCCGCGCAGAAGCUGCCCGACUGAGUGAGCUCGGCCCUGGCUGCCUGCCUGAUCGCGGCCGCCUGAAGGGAAAACCUCUGGUCAAGCCUGCUUCCUCGCCCUCGCAGACGACUGGCGUGCUUGUCCUGCAUCGUCUUUGUCCGUUCACAGUCGGCGCGGGGCCCAUCCCCUUCUCUCUCCUCCCCUCAUCCUGCCGUCGCUCGCUCCUCCCGCCCUCGCCCUUCCCUAUUUGCCUCCGCGGCGGCCACGGCGCCUACAGCGGCUACAGCAGGCACGGGAGCCGCAGCAGCCACGGGAGCUACAGCCACGGGAG